UCACAUUCAGCUGUCACCAUCAUCACCCUCCUAUAAGCAGAGUGGGCUCCAUUUUCCACCAUCAUCAUCAUCAACUUCUUCAUCAUCCUAGUGCACAGCCCUCUCUGCGCCCGCGUGCGCCGCCUGUCCACAAUUGAUUUUUUUUCUUUCUCUCUCCAUCACGCGGAAGUCGGUGACGCACUAUCGCGCACAGCUGCAGCUGCUCAGUGGAAUAAACACGGCGUCGUCACUCGGCGUCAGACAGCGGCGAGAGCCGGUGAGCGUGUCCCAGUGUGUCGGUACUGUCCGCGGGAACAUGGAGCAGCUUUCGGUCCUCUGCAGCGGUGCGUCCGUCCACACCGGGGCUCCAGUGUCUCCGCCGCGCCGCUCGCUCCAUUGAGUCCAAUCGGAGGCGGCUGGUGGUCGGACGGACAGACAGAGGGACUGACGAAGGGACAGACUGACUGACCGACCGUGCGUCUGGACUGAACCUGCGUGACAAUUUGUUUGUUCCCCCCAUUGUUAGAGUCGACGGUGGAGAGUCGCAGACCGCAGCCUGUGGUGAUUCAAGGUCGGUGCGGGCGAGGUGUCGCAAUUCAGACCAUCAUGCCCCUUGCUCUGGCAGCGGCACAGGAAGUGUGAGUGUGAGCGUCCCUGGUUGGCUCUGCUGGUAUGAACAUGCCACUGCACCAAAUCUCUGUCAUCCCCCGUGAUGUCACCUCAUCACGGGUGUCGGGCAGCGGUAAAGCGAAGGACAAGGACAAGCAGAAUGAAAAGCCUCUGGGUCAUUCUGCGAGCAGGUCCAGCAAUAUAUCCAAGGCGGGGAGCCCGACUUCUGUCAACGCUCCAUGCAGUUUCUCGAGGACUUCGGUUUCUCCCUCCAGCCAGGACAUCUGCAGGAUUUGUCACUGUGAAGGGGAUGACGAGAGCCCCUUGAUCACACCAUGCCACUGCACAGGGAGCCUGCGCUUCGUCCACCAGGCCUGUCUACAGCAGUGGAUCAAGAGCUCUGACACUCGUUGCUGUGAGCUCUGUAAAUAUGAGUUCAUCAUGGAGACCAAGCUCAAGCCGCUGCGCAAGUGGGAGAAGCUACAGAUGACGGCGAGCGAGAGGAGGAAGAUCAUGUGCUCUGUCACCUUCCACGUCAUCGCCAUCACCUGCGUGGUGUGGUCGCUCUACGUCCUCAUCGACAGAACAGCAGAGGAAAUCAGACAAGCCGGAAGAAUCCCAGGGAUCCUGGAAUGGCCCUUCUGGACCAAGCUGGUGGUCGUGGCCAUCGGCUUCACGGGUGGACUGGUGUUCAUGUACGUCCAGUGCAAAGUAUACAUACAUCUAUGGAGGAGACUCAAGGCCUACAACCGGGUCAUAUACGUGCAGAACCGGCCGGACACGUGUAAAAAGCUGGCGCUGGAGAAGCCGCCGCUCAUGGAGCCGAGUCUGGAGAACAAGGAAGCGCUGGUCCCCACCCAGUCUGACACAAACUCCUCCCAGUACACAGAGACAGAGGACUACAGUAUGGAGGUGCUCCAUGUCUGACCACUCAGUUGACGCCAUUGGUUGUCCCGCUCACACACACAAACAUGCCCACGGUGACGGAGGAAGGACCAGAUCCCAGACUGACCCCCUUCUGGUCAUCUUAUUUUUCCAUAGAGACAGACAGACUGUGACUGUCCUCCUUUAUCCUCACCCCUCCAUCCUCCUGCACCUUUAUUCCAAACUCCUUUCCCAGGACUGGACUGUUUUUACUGAGUUCUGUAAAUGUCUGAAGAGGCCUGGAGCGAACCAAUCUACACACACACGCACACACACGCACACACACACGCAC